AUGGUCAUCAACGUCGCUACCGCCUCCCUCGAGGGCAAAGUCGCCCUCAUCACCGGCGCCGGUCGCGGUAUCGGCCGUGGAUGCGCCAUCGAGCUGGGCAAGCGCGGCGCCUCCGUAAUCGUAAACUACGUCUCCUCCUCGGGUCCCGCACAAGAAGUCGUCUCGAUAAUCGAAGGCUUCAACAACGGCGCAAAAGCCAUUGCCAUCCAAGCCGACGUAUCCAAAGUGUCCGAGAUCCACCGCCUCUUCUCCGAAGCCAAAUCCGCAAUGGGAAAAAUCGACAUCGUAAUGAGCAACUCGGGCACCGAGAGCUGGGACGUCACCGAGGAAAUCACAGAGGAGAAGUACGACCACGUCUUCAACCUCAACACGCGCGCGCAGUUCUUCGUCGGCCAGACGGCAUACAAGUACAUCGAGGACGGCGGCCGCAUUAUUCUGAUGAGUUCGAUUGCGGCGGGGUUGUUGGGUGUCAAGGACCAUGCGCUGUACAAUGCGUCGAAGAUGGCGGUUAUCGGCUUCAUCAAGGCGUUUGCUACGGACUUUGGGAAGCGCGGGAUUACGGUUAAUGGCGUUGCGCCUGGUGGCAUCAAAUCGGACAUGUUUACGCAAAACGCUUGGCACUACAUCCCAGGGGGUUCGCCGGACUGGCCGGCGCAGAAGAUCGAGGAUCUGAUGGCGAACCAUUGCCCGCUGGGGAGGUGUGCGGUGCCAGAGGAUGUGGCGCGUGUGGUGGCGUUUCUGGCGAGUGCGGAUGGAGGGUGGGUUAACGGGCAGGUGCUUACUAUCUCUGGUGGGUCUUCGCAGUAG